AUAAGUGAAAUUUUAAACAAAUUUAGUGACAAUGCCGCUGUGUGCCAUGAAAGGGUGCACAAACCGUUCUGGAAAAGGGAACUACCGAUUUUUUUCUUUUCCAAAAAAAAGGGAGCUCCGUGAAAAGUGGAUAAUGGCGUGUGGAAGAAGAAUAGGGGAAAUUAAGGAGAAAAAUGCUCGUGUGUGCUCAGCUCAUUUUAAUGAGUCAUGCUACAAGAAGGUGUCCUUCGUAGACGAGUUAGCAGGAACACCAAGGAAUUCUAGGCCCCUCAACCCAGAUGCUGUACCCUUUGCAUUUCCAGGUAAUAAUGACUUCCAGCAGAUGCUUCAUGAAGUCUGUGAAUUGAGCCCCGUAAAUGUUAUUGCAACAUCCGCAGAGACGUCCACACGUAUCAAUGCUCCUAUUAGUAAUU